AUGAAGUGGGGCGUUAUCGUCUUUCUUUCUUUCUAUCUUUCUUUCUUUCCUUCAUUUCACACGAUGUUGAUCUUUCAUCUUUCAAACGUUGUCGUUAAUUUUUGUGUUCCUUCGUUGCCAUUCUUUCUUUCUUUCUUUCUUUCUUUCUUUCUUUCUUUCUUUCGACGUGUUCGUUCGUUCUUUCCUUCUUUUUUCUUUCCUUUUUUUUCUUUCCUUCCUUUCUUCCUUCCUUCUUCCUAUCUUUAUUUAACACAUUUUCUUUUUUUUCAGACGUUGUCCUUCGUUCAUUUGGUUACUCGUUCUUUCUCUUUUUCACUCAUUCUUUUUUCUUUCAAACGUCUUUCUUUUUUGUGUUUCUUAGUUUCUAUCUUUCUUUCUUUCUUUCUUUCGUUACAACUUUGUCGUUCAUUCGUUCUUUCUUUCAAAAAUUGUCUUUCACAUGUUGAUAUUCUUUCUUUCAUUCUUUCUUUCUUUCUUUCUCGUGCUGCCAUUCAUUAUUUCUUUCUUUCCCAUGCUAGCUUUUCUUUUUCCUUUUUUGAUAUGUCCAUAUAUACAAGCUUUUUUAUAUAA